CUUCGAACCGCUUAAAGUUAAGGUUCAUGAAAUGUAUCCUGAAUAAUAUUAUCCACUCCAUACUUGACUCGUUUACUGAUUUAGUUAAUAAAUUAUAGAUCUUUGGCUUGGGCGUGCCUUGCAUAACAAUUAACUAGAAAAAAUAGCCAAUAAUGAGUGUGGUGAUAAGCCAGCCAGGCCAUGGUCACAAGGGUGCGGAGAUGCAGAUGGCGGUGCACCCUGGGGAUGUUAACAUGGUGAUCAUACCCCAGGGCCUUCCCCCGGGGCUGUCCUACCUGGGCGCGUUGAAUGAGGUGCUCAUACAUCAGCACUUUGACGUGCUUGAAGUUGUGACAGGAUGUGAGAGGAAUAACAAGUACAGGCUGUGUAAUUCCGCUGAACAGCAGUUCAUGUAUGCCAAAGAAGACACCGAUUGCAUGACACGCCAGUGCUGUGGGACCUCGCGUCCAUUCACAAUUAACAUCACAGACAACAACUUCCAGCCGCUGAUAUCAGUGUACCGGCCAUUUCGGUGCGUGGGCAGCUGUCUUUGGUGCUGCUGUCUGCAAGAGAUGGACAUCCAGUCCCCACCUGGCAACACGAUAGGCAACGUCAAACAGAUUUGGACGUGUUGGACUCCAAAGUACGAGGUGUAUGACAACCAAGGUCAGCUUGUGUUCACUAUCAAUGGAGAGUGUUGUUACUGUGCCCCUUGUACUGACAUCUUCUUCCAGGUGACGGACGCUUCAGGUCAGGAGGUGGGGCGUAUCAUCAAGAACUGGGGAGGAUGCAGGGAGAUACUGGGAGGUGUGAAUGACUUCAGGGUCCAAUUCCCCCCAGAGAUGGACAUUUACAAGAAAUCUCUCUUACUUGGAGCAACUUUCUUGAUUGAUUUUGUCUACUUUGAAAGGAACAAGAACAACUAAGAGAUGAGAGCUGUUGAAACCACAGUACGCCUGUAUUCAUGUGAAAUGUAGGCAUUGUGUAUGUAGUUCUUUGAUAUUAUUGCUUAUAUGUUAUAUACAUAAUACUUAUUGUUUUUUACCUGUUGUCUUUUAGUUGUUUGUCAUGAUAUAUUAUUUUUUGAUUUUGUACUAUUUAACCAGGUAUUUAGUAGUAUUAGUAUACUUAUUGUAAUUCUUUUCCAACUGAUUUAUUGUUGCUGUUGAUCUGCUAGGGUUUAUAUUUACCAGUAUUUCAUUAUUUAGUGAUCGUUUAACUUUGCAUUAACCUUUCUUUGAUUAUUGUUUUUACCAGUUUAAAAUUGAUAAUUUUACUGUUUUAACUGUUAUACAUAUUUUCAUAAUAAACCUUUGCCUGUGUUUAUCUUAUCAGAUCUUACAAUUUACAUAUUUUUAUAUUUUUAUUUUAUCAUUUCAGCCUUUUUGUAUUUAAUUAAAUUACAUAUGUCUGUAUAAUAUACUAUAGAAAAGCGUAUUUGUUUUUAUAAUGUUUUACAUUGCUCAAUUGUUUAAAUAUUGAAAACUAUGAGCUAAUGAUUUGUUUAAGUCCAAAAAGGGGCAUUAUAAUGAGGAUUAAUUUAUCAAAUAUAAAUGUUUCUUCUUUGUAUAAUUCUUGUUUGCAUGUUGUAUUGGUACAAACACCACAUAUGCUGCUUUGACCGAUAUAUCAUAUGGUUGCACAUAGGGAAUAGCAUUACAUUUUUAAAACACCGUUUUUUUUUCAUAGAAAAAAGUUUCAAAUGAUAUAAUGCAUACAAAAUGUAUUUUUUGACUCUAUGUUAGGUAAGAUUUGUGUAAGAAUAGUGAAUUUUACAAUACAAUGGGUGUUGAGAAUGAUCUUUUAAAGUUAAUUUACAACUUGAUUCAAACUUGUAUACUUAAUAAGAAUAAACUAAACGUAUGUUUCAGUUAGCAAAGAAUGAAGUAUUUUUAAUACAAUUAAUUGAAAAGUGAUGAAUAUCUAAUAUUUUGUCAAAUUCAAGAAUAAAGUGGAUUUUGGGUAACCUAUAAAACCAAUUAUUUAUUUCUAUUUAAUAUUGUUUGCUCCGCCGAGCAUGCGGUCCUGCCAUUAAGUAAUUGUGGAACAAAUACGUCCAUAUUCAUAUGGUUUGCCCUGUGUGGUGUGUGUCAUCAAUUCUUAUCUCGUUACCUCUCUUAAAACCAUAUAUUUUUUAUCCAAUCUUAAUGAAACUUUGUCACAAUGUUAUCUGGACAAUAUCUAGGCUGACUUUGAAUCUUGAUCAUUUGUAUUUAAAAAAACGAGAUCACCUUGUCAAAUCUUUAAAAAGCCAUGUAACCUCUCUUGAUGCCACAUUUUUGACUAAAGGCUCAUGAAACUUGGUCAGAAUGUUUAUCUUGUUGUUGUUUUUUCUAUCAGUGUAAUUUGUGUUGUGAAGUAUCUUUGAAUGCAUAUUCACAAAGGAAAUAUAUUAAAUAAAUAUGUUAUGUUUAUUUAAAACAUAAAAUGAUGAUGGCAGUUUAACAUUGCUUUUUAUGAAUGUACGUAACAUCCCAUGUAUUGUAAUCAUUUUAAAGACAACACAACGGAUAUAUUUAUUAUGGUUUAUUCCAUUUUCAUCUGGAACAAUUUAUUUUUAUGUUUUGUCUAGAAAACUAGAUUUUGGAUACAGGUGUACUUUCUAUGAAUUUGAAAUCUAUUUUGCCUUUUAUAAUUACAUACAUGUAUGUAAGCUUUUAUAUUGACUGUAAAAUGUAUUUUUAUUACAUGUACUUUUUGUCUGAGUUUUUGUGCCUAUGAUUAUUUCCACUAUUUUUCUGUGAUAAAAAAAUAUGGGUUUUUAACUGUGUUAUAUCCUUGAUAUGUUUUUGAACAAUUUGUUUGUUGGUUGGAUUUUUCGCCAUUUUGAACAGUAUUUCAGUACUAACAUUGUGGUCAGUUUACAAACUCACUCUUCCCUGGAUUAUAUGGUUUACCAGUACUAAGUGCACAUACUUAUAUUGGACAAUGACCCUACUUUAAUCAUGGGUAGAGGCAGAAUGGCCAUGGAAAGGAUUUCAUACCAUUCCUCACACAAAUAGUGCACUUUGGCUUGGAAUCGUACACUGCGAUCCUUGAAUUUAUACUCCAACAAUUUACCAACUGAGCUAGCUGCCCCUGUUCAUUAAAGGGGCCUUUUCACAGAUUUUAGCAUAUUUUUAAGUUUGUCAUUAAAUGCUUUAUAUUGACAAAUGUAAACAUUGGAUCUUAAAGGCUCCAGUAAAAAAUCAAGAAUAAAAUUUAAAAAAAGGAAAAAAGUAGCCGGUACCAGGGCUCGAACCAGUGACCCCCGGAGUCCUGGAGUUAGUCUGAAGUAAAAACGCAUUACCCCUCUUGGCUAUUCCGCCGAGUAUGCUCAGAGUAAGUAUUUUAUACCUUAUAUAAGCAAUCUUCAUAGUUUCGUAAAUUCAAACGACAACAACAGAACUCUCCGAAUUAUUCAAUCGUUUCGCGUUGCAACGCUUUAUAAUUUUUAGGUUUUCAAAUCGUAAAAAGAUACAUAUAAUGGCUAUAUUGGACUAUGGUAAAUGUUCAGUAAUACUGUUUCCUCACAAAUAUCAUAACUAAAACGAAAAUUUGCGAAUCUGAAACAACCUUUUUAUGUCAAUUUACCAAACCGUGAAAAGAUCCCUUUAACAAUAAAAAAUGGUCGGCUAUUAUGAAGUAAUAAUGGGCAUUAUUUAAUCAGUUUUUUUAUUUAAUAAAUGCUAGUACAUUUACCGGUAUUACAAAUUUAAGAUGAAUUCCAAAGGUUUUUAUUGAAGCUUUUUGUAUUGUUUUAUCAUUUUCUUUGUCUCAAUAUUCAUUUACAUGCCUUCUCAAUUCUAACUAUAUACAUGUAUACAUUUUAUAUAAGUGUUAUUAAAACUUACGCCUAAUUGAAAUGAUAGAUUUCUAGUAAUUAUAGAUUUUUGUGUACUCACAUGUUUUUCUUGUUGUAAUAAUAAAGAUAGGAAGUAUU